AUGCCAGGUUGGGCCUGGAGGGGCUCUCCCUCCUUCCAUCACCCAUUCGCUGGGCGCCCCUUCCCGACGGUUCCUCCUGCCCAGAUACCACGGGGAUGCCAGUGUGUCUUCCUCCCCACCCACCACUGGCAGAGGCAGAGGCAGAGGCAGAGGCAGAGGCAGCGGCAGCGCCAAGUCGACUCCACUCUACUCAAUGGAACAAUCUCUCUCUGCUGCAGCUGCCGUCCCUCGCAGCGGAAGAACUCCUCUCCCGGCUCUCCACCUCCUGCUACCGCCCUGCACUCCUUGUCACUUCUCCCUAUACUUUCUACUGCUGCAACACUACUACACUACCACUACGACUAUCACUCCUCCUACUACCACUACCACUGCCACUGCCACUCCCACUCCUACCACUCCUCCUACUACUCUUUCCAUGCCUGA